AUGGGCCUCUGGCCUGAGGAGUGGUAUGAAGGGGUGUGUGAGAUUGCGACCAAGUCUCCUCUUCUCACCUUUCCCAGUGGAGAGCCACUGCGCUCUGAACUACAGUACAACUCUGCCCUUAAAAAUGAUACAGUGACCACGGCUGAGCUCAGCGAACUGCGGGCAACCAUCAGUAACUUGCUUGACCCGUCCCCUGAAGGAUCUGCUUAUAUUAAUAAGCUCGACUUUGCCAUGUCCACAUACUUGCUGUCUGUCUACAGACUAGAGUACAUGAGGAUGUUGCGAUCUAAUGAGCCUGACCGAUUCCAAGUCAUGUUUCGAUAUUUUGAAGACAAAGCCAUCCAGAAAGACAAAUCUGGCAUGCUGCAGUGUAUUAUAUGUGUUGGUGAUAAGGUGUUUGAUGUCUUCCUCCAAAUGAUGGCUGAGAAGGCUAAGACCAAAGAACAUGAAGAGGAACUAGAAAGGCAUGCUCAGUUCUUGUUGGUAAAUUUUAAUCAUACUCACAAAAGGAUACGAAGAGUAGCAGACAAGUACCUCUCCGGUCUGGCUGAAACAUUCCCACACCUGCUUUGGAGUGGUCGUGUGUUGAAGACUAUGUUGGACAUUUUGCAGACACUGUCACUGUCACUUAGUGCUGAUAUCCAUAAAGAUCAGCCGUACUAUGACAUUCCUGACACUCCCUACCGGAUCACUGUUCCAGACACAUAUGAAGCACGGGAGAGCAUUGUAAAAGAUUUUGCUGCUCGCUGUGGUGAGAUUCUGAAAGAAGCAAUGAAAUGGGCCCCGUCUGUUACAAAAUCCCAUUUACAGGAAUACUUGAACAAGCAUCAGAUCUGGGUGUCAGGAUUGUCUCAGCACACUGGCCUGGCUAUGGCCACGGAGAGCAUUUUACAUUUUGCUGGUUACAACAGACAGAGUACCACUCUUGGGGCCGCUUUUCCUCAGAGCACGCAACUGACAGAAAGACCUGCUUGUGUGAAAAAGGACUACUCCAACUUCAUGGCCUCUCUUAAUCUGCGCAAUCGCUACACAGGAGAGGUGGCAGGCAUGAUGCAGUUUGCAGAAGCUACAAAUAGCCAAUCAGAUCUUAACAAACUUAUGAUCAAUCAAAUGACCAGUGCUUUGGAUAACAAAGACCCAGAAACCUUCACACAAGCCAUGUUCAAAAUGGCCGCUCUCCUUAUAACGUCAAAAAAAUGUGAUCCCCAACUGCUGCAUCAUCUGUGCUGGUCUCCUUUGAACAUGUUUACAGAACACGGUAUGGAGACCGCUAUUGCAUGCUGGGAGUGGCUCAUAGCUGCACACAAUGGAACUGAAGUGCCAUUCAUGCGUGAGAUGGCUGGGGCAUGGCAAAUGACAGUAGAAAAGAAAAUGGGCUUGUUUUCUGAAGCCAAAGCGGAGGCAGGUCCAUUGGCGGUUUCUGAGGAGAGCAAACCAGCGCCCUGUGCACCUGACGUUGUACCUCACUUCCUAUGGAUAGAGUUUUUAGUGCAGAGGUUUGAAAUAGCAAAGUACUGCAGUUCAGAUCAAGUAGAAAUUUUUAUUGCCAUUCUACAAAGAUCCCUGUCUCUGAGUGUUGGUGGUGCCAAAAGCAGUCUGAACAGGCAUGUGGCUGCCAUUGGUCCAAGAUUCCGACUCCUCACUCUAGGUUUAACUCUUCUUCAUGCUGAUGUUGUGACAAAUGCCACUAUCAGAAAUGUGCUUCGAGAGAAGAUCUAUUCCACAGCAUUUGACUACUUCAGUGUUGAUCCCAAAUUCCCCACUCAGACUGACAAGAGCCUGAGAGAAGACAUCAGUAUACUGAUAAAGUUCUAUGCCAGUCUACAGUCAGACAAAAAGUAUCUGACAGCCCACCAACUAGUCCCCCCUGAUCCUCAGGACAUGUCCAUGAGUUUGUCUGCGAUGGCAGUGGCUGACAGUCGCAGUAGUCUAGAUGCAGCAGUCGGGCAGAGGCAGCAGGUGGCUCAAGGGUGGAUCAAUACCUAUCCACUGUCUUCUGGGAUGUCCACUAUCUCCAAAAAAUCAGGUUUAUCCAAGAAAAGCAACAGGGGCACCCAGUUGCAUAAGUACUACAUGAAACGCAGAACCCUGCUCCUCGCACUUCUGGCUAGUGAGAUUGAGCGGCUGACAACAUGGUACAACCCACUGUCUACUCAGGAGCUCGCCAUUACUACUGAACAAUCUGUGGAGACCAGUAUUGGUAACUGGAGAACCAAAUACAUCAGUCUGACAGAAAAACAGUGGAAGGACACUGUAAACUUGGCUUGGAGCAUCUCACCUUAUCUUGCCCUUCAGUUACCUGUCAGGUUUAAAACCACAGAGGCCAUAGUGCCAGAGGUGACACGUCUCGUGAGAAUGGAUCCAGCUGCUGUAUGUGAUGUUCCUGAAGCAAUUAAAUUUUUGGUUACUUGGCACACAAUUGAUGCAGAUUCUCCAGAGUUGAGCCAUAUUCUGUGUUGGGCACCAGCAGAUCCUCCAACUGGACUGUCGUACUUCUCCUCCCAGUAUCCCCCACACCCACUCACUGCACAGUAUGGGGUCAAAGUCCUACGUUCUUUUCCUCCAGAUGCCAUUUUGUUUUACAUUCCUCAAAUUGUUCAAGCACUUAGAUAUGACAAGAUGGGUUAUGUGCGUGAAUACAUCCUAUGGGCUGCUCAGAAGUCUCAGCUACUUGCCCACCAGUUCAUUUGGAACAUGAAGACUAACAUUUUCCUUGAUGAAGAGGGAAAUCAAAAAGAUCCGGACAUUGGUGAGCUGUUGGAACAAAUGGUGGAGGAGAUCACUGGCUCUCUGUCAGGCCCAGCCAAAGAUUUCUACCAACGAGAAUUUGACUUCUUCCACAAAAUCAUAAAUGUUUCAGCCAUUAUCAAGCCUUUUCCUAAAGGGGAGGAGAGGAAGCGAGCCUGCUUGGAGGCCAUGUCGCAGAUCAAAGUUCAGCCUGGGUGUUAUCUGCCCAGUAACCCGGAGGCCAUUGUUCUGGACAUAGACUACAAGUCGGGAACCCCAAUGCAAAGUGCUGCCAAAGCCCCAUAUUUGGCCAAAUUCAAAGUCAGGAGAUGUGGUGUUAGUGAGCUGGAAAAAGGAGGCCUAUCCUGUCGUUCUGAUUCUAUGGAUGAAACUAAAGGUGAUGAUGAAGCCAAGCAAACCUGUUGGCAGGCAGCCAUAUUUAAAGUGGGAGAUGACUGCAGACAGGACAUGCUCGCUUUGCAGAUCAUCAGUCUGUUCAAGAACAUCUUCCAGCUCGUGGGGUUGGAUCUCUAUGUGUUUCCGUAUAGAGUCGUGGCCACAGCUCCCGGAUGUGGAGUGAUUGAGUGCAUACCGGACUGUAAGUCUCGGGACCAGCUGGGUCGACAAACUGAUUUUGGGAUGUAUGACUAUUUCAGAAACCAAUAUGGAGACGAAUCGACCCUUGCAUUUCAGAAGGCCCGGUACAACUUUAUCCGUAGUAUGGCUGCCUACAGUUUGCUGCUCUUCCUUCUCCAAAUAAAAGACAGACACAAUGGCAACAUCAUGCUGGACAGCCAGGGACACAUCAUCCACAUCGAUUUUGGGUUCAUGUUUGAAAGUUCUCCCGGGGGAAACCUAGGCUGGGAGCCUGAUAUCAAACUGACUGAUGAGAUGGUGAUGAUUAUGGGGGGCAAGAUGGAGGCGACGCCCUUUAAGUGGUUUAUGGAGAUGUGUGUGAGGGGGUACCUGGCUGUCAGGCCGUACAUGGAUGGAGUAGUCUCCUUAGUUACAUUGAUGCUGGACACAGGUCUUCCAUGUUUCAGAGGACAGACAAUCAAAUUACUCAAGCAGCGGUUUAAUCCAGGUUUGAGCGAAAAAGAGGCAGCAUCUUACAUGAUCAAAGUCAUACAAAACUGUUUCCUCAGCAGCAGGAGUAAAACUUAUGACAUGCUCCAAUACUAUCACAACCAGAUCCCAUAUUAACUGUUGGUGCUUUAGCAUGUGGCCUGGCUGAACUAUGUGCGCCUAUGUUGUUGUUCUCUUCUGAAUAUUGUGAAAAAAGUAAAAUUGUUAAAUGUUGUUUGCUUUAGCUUCCUGGUUGUCAUCUAAAUAUAUUUUUGAAAAUUCUGAUUGAAUAUUUAUUACAUAUUUAUUACAUUAUUUUAACGUUGUCCUGAUGGAUGCACUGGUAUAUUGAUGUGUUCCACUGUGAAAAAAAGUGCACGUUUUAUUUAUGUUCAGAAAUAAUGCCAACUUUGCCUGUGAAAAUGUCUUGUUAAACCUUGUUUGAAAUGUAGUUGAAACUCCAAGUAGCUAAUUUGAGUGACAGGCUGAUGUGGCCAAAUUCUCUGUGUCUUGGUUUGUUAUUUUUCCUUUCUUACUUUAUUCAAAAUUUCUCAAUGGACCAAUGAAUUUGUAAGCCUGUGGUUUUGUUUUAUCAUUAUUGCCUGAUACUUGUAACACUGAGCACUUAACUAUUUAUGUAUGAAAGUAUAUUUUUAUGACUCUAUAUUUGCAAUAAUCACACAGGUGUACUUGCAUGAGUCUGAGAAACUUGAGAUUGUUUAACUUAUUUAGCAUUGCCAAAGGGAGGAGAGGCACGUUGUUGUUUUCCAUUUGUUAAUAAGACACUAAAAUAUUGCAUUUGCACCUCUGUACCAUGUGGCCUGUUUCCAUUGUGGCUUCUGGUAAAAUGUUGGAACCCAAAGUGCUGUUCAUUGUUCUUACUGUUAGCCUUUUGCCUCGAUCAAAUGUUACUCUUUGUAGGUCUAUGUUUUGUACUGAAUGAGAAUGCCCAAAAUCUUAUGGAAUAAAGACUGACUUGAAAA